CCAAGCCCAACGCGAGUCGCAUUCAGCGUUGCGCGUUUGUUAGUCGGUCUUGCUUGAAUAUUUAAAGUUUAAAUAGCGCCGAAAACAUUUUCGUGACCAAUUAGUGUGAGUGUAAAAGGAAUAUGUUAAUAUUUUGGAUUAAUUAAUGUAUCAGAGCAAUUUUUAUGUGGUCAUUUGGCAUUGCGUUCGCAUCUGAGUGUGCACGAGAGCGUAAACAUGAGAAUGGUUGUUAUGCGCUAAGAAGAAGCAUAAAAGAGAAUAUUUUGUGUGCAAGUGGAUGGAAAAGAAAAAUUUUGUAAUUAACAGUGCAAUUCGAAAUAAAUCGUACAAAACAGAGUACGCAAUAUAUUGUCAGGAUUCUCGAUUUCAAUAUGAAGCGCCAAAAAUGAUUGCAAUGUGUGAAUCGUCGUCUUGAAAAGGUUUUGUUUCCGUUGAUUGAAAUUAAAGCAACUGCAACACGCAACGAAGAAGCAAUUGCGGCACAAAAACAAAAUAAACAGACACAACACACAACAACAACAACAACAAUAAGAAUUAAAGUUUUAAGCAAAGAGAUUUAUUUCUUAUAUAUAUAUACAUAUAUAUAAAUAGCAUACAAACAAAAAGUAGUAUCCACAAUAAAAACAACAAAUUUAAUAUGGAUAAAAAUCUUAUGAUGCCGAAGCGUUCGCGCAUAGAUGUUAAAGGCAGCUUUGCCAAUGGUCCGCUGCAGGCGCGACCGUUGGUGGCGCUGCUGGAUGGACGCGAUUGUUCAAUUGAGAUGCCCAUACUAAAGGAUGUGGCUACAGUGGCCUUCUGCGAUGCACAGAGCACAUCCGAAAUACACGAGAAGGUGCUAAACGAAGCAGUUGGCGCCUUAAUGUGGCACACCAUCAUCUUGACCAAGGAGGAUCUUGAGAAAUUCAAAGCUUUACGCAUCAUUGUGCGCAUUGGCAGCGGCACAGAUAACAUUGAUGUUAAAGCCGCUGGCGAAUUAGGCAUUGCAGUCUGCAAUGUGCCCGGCUACGGUGUCGAGGAAGUGGCAGACACAACAAUGUGCUUGAUAUUGAACCUAUAUAGGCGCACCUAUUGGCUGGCGAAUAUGGUGCGAGAGGGCAAAAAGUUUACGGGUCCCGAACAAGUGCGAGAGGCGGCACAUGGCUGCGCACGCAUACGUGGCGAUACUUUAGGCUUAGUUGGUUUAGGUCGCAUUGGCAGCGCUGUAGCGUUGAGAGCAAAAGCAUUUGGCUUCAAUGUUAUAUUCUACGAUCCCUACCUACCCGAUGGCAUUGACAAAUCUCUCGGCCUCACACGCGUCUACACGCUCCAGGAUCUGCUAUUCCAGUCCGACUGCGUCUCACUGCAUUGCACGCUCAACGAGCACAAUCAUCAUUUAAUCAAUGAAUUCACAAUUAAACAGAUGCGACCUGGUGCAUUUCUGGUGAACACCGCCCGCGGCGGUCUGGUCGAUGAUGAGACUUUGGCGCUGGCACUGAAACAGGGUCGGAUAAGAGCAGCCGCAUUGGACGUGCACGAGAACGAACCAUACAAUGUAUUUCAAGGCGCACUGAAAGAUGCUCCAAAUCUGAUUUGUACACCACACGCCGCCUUCUUCAGCGAUGCAUCCGCAACGGAGCUGCGCGAAAUGGCAGCCACCGAAAUACGACGAGCGAUUGUCGGCAAUAUUCCAGAAGUGCUGAGGAAUUGCGUUAACAAGGAGUACUUCAUGCGCACGCCGCCAACCACUGCGGCCGGAGGCGUUGCGGCGGCUGUUUAUCCCGAAGGAUUAAAUGGCGGCUAUUAUACAGGCGCACUGCAUCAUCGGGCACACAGCACCACACCGCACGAUGGUCCCCACAGUACAACAAAUCUGGGCAGCAGCAGCAGCAGCGGCGGCGGCACAACCAGCGCUGCUUUGAUACCGCCACCGGCCGCUGGCAGCAACACUGUGGCAGCAACUGCUGUCGCUGUGGCCGCCGCAGCGGCAGCGGCUGCUGCGCUCCUGCCCUCGCCGGUACCGCCACCGAAUGCAGCAGCUGUGCCAACAGUGCCACAUUUGUCGCCCCAAAUUGGUGGAUUGCCGCUCGGAAUUGUGAGUAGCCAAUCGCACCUGAGUGCGCCCGACCCUAAUAACCAUCUGUCAUCGAGCAUUAAAUCUGAAGUGAAGGUCGAGUCAACGGAAACACCGUAGGCUGCUGCAUCCUUGCUGGAGGAAGGCAAACAAAAAUAAUAAUAUAAAUAAAUAAAAUAUUAAAAAAACAAAAAAAAAAACAACAACAGCAACAGCUAGAAAAACUGGUGUGACAACGGGCCGUGUUACAGGAUGGAACUCACACAGGGAGUGGGCACAGCAGGGCG